AACAAUCUACGAGCCCUCAACCCAUGGGGAAGCCCUCCACUUACUGCCGUUUCUCAUACUAUGCUGCCGGCUCAGCGCCCCAGGCGUGACGACGGGAUUUUGGCCUUCUGAGCGUCUGUACGCCCGCCAUAAGUACGAGUCGUAGCUCGUGGUACGAUAGCCAGUGGAAGCCUCCGUCCGGCCAUACAGCAACACUCCUACAUCAUGGUCGCCUCCUCUCUUCUUCUUUUCCUCAGCACCGCUUCUGUGGUAGCCGCCUAUCCCAGCGCAUCAUCCUGGGCCGGCUCCACAGAAUCUGCCGUGUUCCCUCCUCCCGGCGCAACCAAUACGGCUAUUGACACCUACUUUCCCGACGCAGAACAGGUCGGUCACCCGGGACCGACGCCUACUGGCGAUGAGGCGUGGGUCCUAGAGACUGCACCAGUCGCACCUGUGAAGGAGGACGUCUACCCUCUCAUCAACCCUGCGGAAGGACAAGCGCCUGUCAGCACUCCUGGGUUCAAUCCUAUGCGCUACUGGGGCAAUUUGUCUCCAUGGUGGUCUCUUGGGGAGAGCGCCUUUGGCCUGAAAUCCACGGCCAAGGUACCGACGGGCUGCGAGCUCACUCAAGUCCACCUGCUACACCGUCACGGUGCGAGGUAUCCCACGGACGGUUCAUCUCCUUCAAAGUUUGCGUCCAGACUCCAUGCCGCUGCCAAUUCGACUGGAUUUACGGCGACUGGUCCUCUUGAAUUCCUGAACACCUGGACGUAUAAGCUGGGAGCCGAGAUCCUCACGCCCUUCGGCCGCGAGCAACUCUUCGAUCUUGGAAUUGCUUUUAGGGUCAAAUACGGACACCUCUUGGAAGGCUUUAAGAACCUCCCCGUGUUCCGGACUAACUCAAAUGCACGUAUGGUCGAUUCCGCGCUUCAUUUUGCAGCUGGGUUCUUCGGUGUUCAGCAGUACCAAUCAUCAUAUCACCAAGUCAUCGUUAUUGAGGACGACCCCUUCUACGAUGCUUUGACCCCGUGGGAUGCCUGUCCUAAUUCAGGGAAUGACAACGCCAACCUAGGCAUCAUUGCGGCAGGAAACUGGUCGCAAAUCUACCUUAACAAGACUGUGGCUCGUCUGCAGAAACACAUCGAUGGCAUAGAGUUAGACGUCUCAACCGUCCAGAGCAUGCAACAACUGUGUGCAUACGAAACGGUGGCUCUUGGCUACUCUGAGUUCUGCGAUCUGUUUACGGAGGAGGAAUGGAAGGGCUACGAGUACGCCCUCGAUCUGGAGAUAUGGUACAGCUAUGGCCCUGGAUCGCCUUCUGCUGCUGCUCAGGGCAUUGGCUACGUUCAGGAAUUGCUGGCGCGUUUGACGCAGACACCCAUCACCAACUUCUCAACGACCCUGAACCAAACUAUCGACGGCAACAACGUGACAUCCCCGCUUGACCAGCCCAUAUACGUAGACGCGACUCACGACACGGUCAUCACUACCGUACUCACCGCUUUGAACUUGAGCAUUCCGUUGACAAGGACUGGUCCGCUACCCGUCAAUCACAUCGCUAAGGACCAUUCGUACAUUGCUUCCCAUCUGGUACCCUUUGCAGCCAACCUUGUUGGGCAGGUUGUGUCUUGCCCUGCUGCGAAUCGUACCCACAAGGAGUCGUACAUCCGCUUCCUCCUCAACGAUGGUGUCGUUCCAUUGACUGGUGUCUCCCACUGCACGGAAAAUAAGGACGGUCUGUGCCUUGUAGAAAGCUUCGUUCAGGGUCUUCAAGAGCGCAUUGCCGAAGUGGACUUCCAGUACGAUUGCUUCGCUGACUACACCGCAGGGUUCCCGGACAACAUCAUUGACGGACGCAUGAAGCAUUGAGAUGCUGUCGUCACAGCUAAUAGCGACUGUGUGGUUCAGAACAUUCUCUGUCCCCUGAAUAGUGUAUUCGUUG